CCCAAAAUGGCUUCCGCUACCGGCAGAGUUUUUCAAACUGUGAAAAAACAUAUCCCAAGUAUAAGAUUCCCAAACAGAACAAAACAGAAAAUGGAACCCGGUUCAUCACACAGACCACCGGAGAUUUCGUCAGUUUUAUCUGCGAUCACUAGAAAAGCAUCACCAACAGAAUCAGUGACUCGACUGACAAGUUCUAAUUCUUCAGCCUCCGAUGACUCGUUCGAUUAUCAAAGUUUACCGAUAAGAUACAGAAGAAGACUUCUAACCCAAGAAGAAAUUGAUUACAUUGAGAGAGGUGGUCCUGAAUGAAACCUCCCAGCUGGCUGGAAGUAUUUUACACUGUUUAUUAAGUAUUUAAUGAUACAAGACUGUUGGAAUCAUUUUCAAGGGACGAGGAUGUGUCGAAUGUGGAAGUACCAUUCACUUCCUGGUCAUUUAUUUUCAGACCAGUGAUUUGUGCCACACAAAAAGAUUCACUUGGUAGAUAGGGACACACUCAUUUAAAGGUGGUGUUGACCAGAACCAAGCAAUUCCCAUUAUGGAGAGCUUUU